CAUUCGAUCGAUUCUUGUUAUAAUUGCUUUUACAAUGUUAAUUGCGCCGCGAUGUGAAUAAAACAGCUAAAUCAAUUCCAAUUAUUCCAUCUUCUUUACGCUCGUAUAAAAUGAAUAUAUUUAACAUAUUCACACAAUCAAACGAAUGGUACAAAUAUGUAGUUGUUAAAUACGUAUAAUUAAAAAAUAUUCUUAAUAGUACACAGUAUUGAUGUUUUCUAUAAAAAAGACAAAAAUAACAAGUGUAAAGUUUUAGUGUUAUACAAAGUGGGUUACUAUUUGAAAAAGUGGCGCAUUGUCGUGAACAAUACCGCGGAGAAAAAUCAAUAUUAUGCAGCAUCGUUGCCUAGCUGCAAUUAGGUUGCACUAAAUGACCUAAAAUACUAUAACUAUCAUCUCAGAAUGAUGUAGAAUUAAGAAAAUUUUAACAAGUGAAAUAUAAUAUAAUUACCAAAAUGAUGGAAGGUAUAUUAUCGCAGAGAGUAACACCAUUAUUAAAGUGUAUGGUAUUAUUCCUCUUUAUAUUCACGGCCAAAGUUCUAACAUCGCGACCUCACGAAGAUUCUUCACACGACACAAGGAACAGUAUAUAUCAUCAAAAACCUGCCCACUAUGUAAGGACCUUCACAAAAUACCAUCAUAGGAGAACCAUACAGUGGAAUAAUAAUAAUGCGCAAGAUAUCACGGCUUACUGGCCAGUUACACAAGACCAGCCAAAGGUAAUUGGUAAAAGGAGUGUUGAUAUUCCAAAUUCAAAUGAACUGCUGGAUAUUGAAGAUGAAAGAAGCCUGAAUCAGUUGGCCUCUGCCUCUGUCAGAGGUAACAUCAUAGCUGGUGUUGAUAAGAUAUCCACAGAAUCUGGCAAAGAUGAUCAAAAUAAAUUAUCCAAUGAAUUUAAGAAGUACAAACUGAAGCCAGCUGUUAUUGUUACCGAGGCACCUACUAUAACCGUUCCAACUAUAUCCUGUCUAUAUAAGAUACAUAGUGUGGCAAUGAGUGUAACACCGUCUUACGAUGACGAGAGAAAUGCACAGUUGAUGGUGGAAAAUGAAAUAUUUGAUACUGGUACACUAUCAGAGACGACUCUUCCAAAUGGUGAAGUGGCUCAAGUUGAACAGUGCACUGAUCCCAAGGCGUUUUGCUAUACUCUAUGGCACCAGGACAAUGAGGGAAACAUCACUGUAAUGGGACAAGGUUGUUGGCGUUCAUCUCAAGCUGAAGGUUCGAAUAGUUGCGACAAAUGUACGAGAGUCACUGCGAGACUACCGGGUAGCAAGUUCUGCUGCUGCACAAAAAGUUUCUGCAAUGCUGACUUUACUAACAUCAAAGAAGAGACCGUAACUAUCAAAGCGGAAUCGACGAUGGAAAGCGCGACACAUCCGAAUUAUUCCAACAUUGUUGCGUCCGGCAUUUUAGCGCUGGUCGCAAUUCUGUUGAUGGCAAUAGUAUUCAGGAAGAUGUAUUGUAAGAGGAUGGAGCUGGACAAGGACGAUCUGAGCGAAGGAGUUGACGUUGAAAAAGGCGAUAUAAUGGGAAGCGGUCCAGACGCUCUGGCAACGGGAUUACUGUGUGUUGAUAAUCUCACCCUGAUCGAACAUAUCGGUCAGGGUAAGUUCGGGUCAGUGUGGCGCGGCAGCCUGGCGGGCGCGCCCGUCGCCGUCAAACUGUACUCCGCGCCCUCCGCCUGGCACAAGGAGGCCUCGGUCUACGCCGUGCCUCACCUGGCCCAUCCCAACAUACUUCGUUACUACGGCAGCGACAGCCGCGCGUCGCUGACGGAGGCGGGCGGGCGCUCGCAGCUGGUGGUGCUGGAGCUGUGCCAGGAGUCGCUGCGGCGCCGCCUGCAGCGCGAGCCGCUGUCGUGGCGCGAGUUCGCCGGCCUCGCGCACGGGCUCGCCGCCGCGCUCGCGCACCUGCACGCCCCCGGAGCAACGAAGCCUUGUAUAGUACAUCGUGACGUCAACAGCGGCAACGUACUCGUGGCGCCUGACGGCACCGCCCGCCUGGCCGAUCUGGGACUAGCUCAGCCGUUGCUGCCUAGACGGGAUCAUUCUACACCUAGUCGGAUAACUGAGGCGGGCACGCUGCGCUACCUGGCGCCCGAGGCGCUGGAGGGCGCGCUGGACCUGAGCGGCGCGCGCGCGGCGCUGUGCGCGGUGGACGUGUUCGCGCUGGCGCUCGUGCUGUGGGAGAUGCUGUGGCGCUGCGGGGGGGCGCACCCCGCGCGCGCGCCGCCCUACGCGCCGCCCUACCACUCGCACGGCCUGCCGCCGCGCCCCACGCUGGCGCAGAUGCAGACGCUGGUAUCCCGGAACAAAGCACGGCCACCGCUUCCCAAGGGUCCGGUUCCAGAGUGGCGAGCUUUGAAGAUAGCUUCGGACACGUGUGACGAGUGCUGGGACCACGACGCUGAAGCGAGAUUAACAGCAGUGUGUGUCGAAGAACGAAUGGCAGAACUUAAAAUGAUGCUGCAAGUUCAAGGACCUGUGAUACACGAUAAUAACUUACACCCCCACCCCCCUGCAUCUACGGAACCUCCUACAGCGUCACCGUUGGAAACCGAUAAGAACUCGAAUUGUACAGUUCGCAACGGUGACGUCACCACGCCCCUCUUAUACCCCGACCCACACAUAGGUAGAAACGCCUGCAUCGAACGUAAUACAAACACAAACAUGACGCAGACGCACACAGUCGAACUUAUACAUAAAAGCCUCAAAGAUAUAACUACUACGGAACCGAGACAGCCGAAUAUCGAAGAGAAUUGUCUAUCCGUAGCGAGAGUGUCUCACAACAGGGUGCAGACUCGAGAAAAUUCGGACAGGUUUAACGAAAUCAGAUCCUACCAGCGACCAUUGGACUAUGUCCAAAACGAUGUGAGCUCUCACGAUAUCGACAGAGGUCCCAAAGAGACAAAUCUUCUCCAGGAUCACAAAGAGAAACCUAAAUGGGGUAUACGGAAAUUUUUCGAGAAGAAACUGACUAAGCCGAAAGAAACCGAGGUCAAGUUAGACACGAGUAAUGCAAUACAAAACGCCAAAGUUAGAACGUCAGUGGUCGAAAAACCGAGCAAUAUAACCUUCGACAGACCCACGAACCUAGUACUCAGUGACGACAGGGCCUACAACUUCGAAGGUCCCUGUACGUUAUCACCUCCAAACAAAACUCUGUCGCCAACAAUGAUCAUGGAAUCUGAGAUGAAUACAGAUAAAAUGUUCAAAGAGCUACCAUCCCGUGACGAAAGCGAUAGGAAUCAAAUUUUUGCAGUGAUAGUACCAAAAGUGAAACCAGCUGAUUUACAUUACAGCAAAACCUCGAAGGGUAGCUCUGAGAGCUUAAAGCGAUCGGUUCGAACGUCCAUGUCGUCUCAGAGCAUUUUUAAAGCUGGCAACUCGGAAUCCGAGGAUUCGACGAUAAAGAAACGUUUGAGUUGCGAUAAUAGAAUCAUUACGAAUUCGAACAGCGGACGAUCUUCUAGAGCGAGUAUUAACUUAGAACUUCAAUAUAUCGACAACAAUCAACACGAGAAUUUCAAUCCAGAAAGUCCGUUCGAUUUGAAUUCGGAUUGUUCGAGUAGUGAAGACGAACACUUAAUGCUACUAUCUGAAAACGGAGGUUCUAAAAUAACAAUGCAAGCUAUACCACGGAUCGUCAACGAUGACAAGAAGAAACAGAACGACGUCUUGAAAGAGGCGAGUCAAGGAAAAACCGACUUUGGUUUCAAUAAAUAUCACAAUAAAUACGCGAACUUCGACAACGAAUUCAGCGAUCCGAAUGAUAAAGAGAAUCUCGUAAACGGCUACAGCGGAGACAAUCCAGUUUACUUGGCAGCUCUGAACGGAGAAAUAGACGCUGCAGAUCUAAAACUAAUACCUUCCAGCAGCUCUGAUCCAGAAAAGUGUCCAAAAUCACCGAAGCCAUCGUUGAAAUCGUUAUCUAUAAAACGGCAACACUCGCUAGAGCAAGUGAGCGACAUAUUCUCUUCUUCCAGCGAUGUAAACUUGCAAAAUCCGGCUGGAAGGGUCAAAACGCCCGGCGACUUGCCCGUAGCAGUCAGAAGAGCUAGAAGGGACAGAGCCUUACAAAAGGGCAGAGCUAGUGAAUGUAAUAGAUUGAGUUUGUACGACGAUCGAAUGAUGUUCGGUAACAGUUUGUGAAUCUAAUAUCAAUGGUACAGUUAUUAUUGUGAUAUUAUUAACUUCGAAUAGCAUUUCUGAAGCGGUUGAUUUCGUCGUAAAGAAAAACCUAGAGUUAGCUAUUUAUAAUAAGCGCAAUCUAAUUUGAGCAGUCGGGUUGAUCGGUAAUUCGAUGCGAGUUGUGCUAUAUGUUGUGAGAUAUUUAUACAUAUAUAGCAACAUAAAUGUGCACGGAAGUUAUGGCAAGAGAUAUACGUUAUGGUGUGCGGUUCAAUUCACGUAAACAAUCCAAGCCCUUAAUUUCUAAGGCUUUAUUCACACAGCAGUUCGUUUCACACGGUUAUACGAUAACAUACAUUAUGUUAUUUUACGAACGAGUUCACUCAAUAGUAUUCCAGAUCCAGUAAAAAAUAUCAUUUCGACGAAAUGUACAGCGUUCCAUUUUGAAGGAAUUCUGUGAGAAUUUUGUAAUUUUUAUAGCCAAUGUCGCAUAUAACAUUCUAACGUUUGAUGUUUAGUUUUUCGGUUUCGAUAAGUUUCAACUUUCUUACGGAAUGCUUCUACUGGUUUCAAAAGGGCGUAAUCCGUUGAAAACGAUCUCGUAAAUAUGGAUCUUCUGUGUGAAUGUGCACACAGAUAUUAGUCAGGAAAGGUUGCGCAGAUAUCGUUUUUAGCAACAACAGUAUGCAAGUGUAUCUCUAUGGUUAGAGAUACAAUUUCUUUCAAGUAAACCAUCGAUACGAAAUUUCUUAGUUUUCUUAGCGACUGUACAUGGACGAACUUCUCGAAGAGCCGACCAACUCAGACUACGCGUAUUAAUAUAAAUAAACGUAUAAUUAUUCCUUUUUAUAAUAUUAAGUAUUUUAAAA